AUGUACGAAGAAAAAUCGGUUACUAUCAACAACAUCCUUUCAAAAGUAUGGAGCCAUUCGAGUUUGUUUGCUGAUAAGAAGAGCCCUGCAUCGUUUAACAAAUGGUGCUCAACGAGAAAUAUAAAGUUCCUUGAACAGCAAUCAAAACGAAAAAAAAAUGAUAUGGAUGAGAGAGUGUCUGUUCGUUCUCUCUACGUCAUGAUGGAUAAGCAUAUCACUAUAAACGAUAUUGCCGACUGUCUUCCUAAAUAUCAAGAAUAUAUCCAACAGCUAAAAGAUCAAGGCUAUACAAUGGUUGGUUACUGCAGAAAAUCGAAGCAAACACGUGAAGACAGCAACGAUCGACAACGUUUAUUACAGAAACAGGUAGAAAGGUUGAAAGCGAGAUCUUUGGUGGACAAAGUCUUUGUGUCUGUAUAUUGUAAAUCGUCUGACCCCAUUGCCAACCGAGAUCUAAAGAGCUCAAGCCAUAUCUUAAAUGGGCUGACAGGCGUGGAUGGGGAUAUGCAAGAUUUACUGAAGGUUAUAUCCACCACUCAAAAAGUUUGUUUGGUCACAACACUUGAUACCGCAGGUCUUACGACUAGUAAGGAUGAUUUAUUAUCAUUUUUACGUGUUGAGGCCAGUGGUGAGGCCAAUGAUGAAGCCAGUGUUGAACCCAGUUAUGAAGCCAAUGAUGAAGCCAGUGUUGCAGCCAAUGAUGAAGCCAGUGUUGAAGUCAGUGUUGAGGCCAGUGUUGCACCCAGUUAUAAAGCCAAUGAUGAAGCCAGUGUUGAUACCAAUUGUUAA